AUGAGAAAACAGUCGGCAAGCCAAGGGGCUUCCACUGCACCACCCAUUCCGGCCUCUUUCACCUCCUUUUCAUCGACCAAAAUAGCCCCCAAACCAAUUAUCACCUUUCUUGCUUUGUUUUUCUUCCAUCGAGACCCAAAACAGCCUCAAAGAGAUUUGGAUAGUACAACAGGUGUUACUUAUAUUAAACAACAGGGGAUUUUGAUAAACAGGCAAUUUCCAGGGCCACAAAUCGAUUCAGUGACUAAUGACAACGUGAUUGAACGGGAUACAGCAGAGAAGGAAUUCAUGGCAGGAUGGACUUCUUCUACUUCCCUUCCAUUGCUUUUCAUCGAGCUGCCGGAGGCUUCGGCGACAUCACCGUCUCCAACCGCCCUAGGAUUACGGUCCCAUUCCCACCACCCGACGGAGAUUUCACCAUUCUCGCCGGUGACUGGUUCAAGAAAAACCGACGGAGAUUUCACCAUUCUCGCCGGUGACGAAGAUUUCACCAUUCUCAGUUAUAUCAAUCAUCACCUCCCUUUAUUGUAA